AUGCGCAUGGACGCGUACAAGUCCCAAAGCCACGGUCCAGGCUGCUGCUUCCUCGCAAAUCCAUCGACCAAAUCCCACCCGCGCCGCCGCUGCUCCAAGGCGCCGAGCCGCCGUCGGCGCCACCGCCGCAGGGGACGCGCCGGGCCGCCGCCGCCGUCGCAGGGGACCGGGCCACCGGUGCUGCAGGAGCCCGGGCCACCGCCACAGGGGGGGCCGCGCCGCCUGUGGCCGCCGCCGUCCCUCUCCCCCGUCUGUUGCGUCCCCUUCCUGGCCUCAGCCCCCUGCCGCGCCUCCCCCUUCUCCACCAGAAGGCUCCCCAAAUUCGCGGCCCGGAGUAGCGGCGGCGGCGGCCGCUCAUGCCCCGAGCCCAAGCCAGGUGACAACGGGAGCAAGGCCGUCCUCGACGCUUUCUUCCUCGGGAAGGCCUUCGCGGAGGCGCUCACGGAGCGGGUCGAGUCGGUGGUGGGCGAGGUGUUCAGCGUCGUCGGUCAGUGGCAGGCCGAGCAGCAGAAGCAAGUGCAGGAGUUCACGCGAGUGAUCACGGAUGGGCUGGCCCCAAAAGUCAUGAUGGUCUGUUGAGAGCAGCCUGGUGAUCUCCAAUGGUGACGCCUUCUCGCCGAGGAGGGCAUGGCUGGAAGAAGUUGGGAAUGAAGCGUCUUGGUCCGGCAGCGUAUACAUAGUAUUUUUUUUGCGAGUAACAUCGAUAAUAUACCAGAUGAUUUUUUCCAGUUUUCUCAGGCCGAGGUUAUUUUAUUUAUUAGUAGCUACUAGUUGUAAGCUUAGGCAAAAUUCUUUCCGUGGCGAACCGUCAGUUCUGGACCUCCAAAGUUUCUGCAGGAUGGGCACCAUUCAGAAUCAGAACGCGUUUGUUCUUUUGCUCUUCUA